AUGUCUUCGAGUUCUCCUAAUCCGCCUUUUGAAACAGUUCGAGGUUGGAGCGUAAUGAACGUUAGGUUGUUUUUAGAAUCAAAAAAAGAGGAGUUUUCUCUAAAUGACGCUGAAAUUGGGGAAUUCGAGAAAAAUGGUAUCAACGGUAAUGCGUUCCUUAUGUAUACCGUAAAAGACCUUUUACAAGAUG